UAUACUUCUCAGAAUAAUUGACAUAUUAAUAAUUUCUACGGUGAACAUUUAUUAAACGAAUCCACUAUAAUGGCGUCAAAAAAAAUCAUUCCGCUUUUCAACAACGUAUUGGUGAAAAAAUUCUUUCAGUCCCAACAGACAAAAAGCGGUUUAUUUCGUGGUACUAAAGCCCCAAAACCAACUUCUGUCGGUGUAGUGCUCGCCAUCGGCAAAAAAUGCAAACAGGAGCCAGGAAAUCAUUUCAAGGUCGGUGAUAAGGUAUACUUGACAGACCUCUACAACGGGAAAAAAGUGAACAUUGAAGAUGUGGAAUAUGCACUCUUUAUGUACAAGGACAUCGAUCUUCUUGGUGUGAUUGAAGAUCAUGUAAGCAACAAAGAAACGCCAGCUAACAGUCAAGGUCUUACUGAAAAAGACUACGAUAAUGUUGAAGGCAUUGAAGCAUUAAGAACUGUGAACUAGUACUGUUAUUUCUAAACUAAUUCUGUUUAAAAACCAAAAAAAUAUUUGACUUAAUAAAAUAAAAUGUACAUAAAGAUUUAAAAAUAAUAUUCGUAUUGUUACACAAGCCUAAGCGGUCUGUUAAGUAUACCCUCAGGAACACCGGAACAACGGAGGUAGUAGGGGCAAUAAAUCUAAGGGAAUAAUUUCGUAAGGCUUAUGUCCCCACGGUUCCACAGCGAAAAAAAGCUUAUAAUUAAAAAAUCAUUCAGAUUUAAUACACAUAA